UAGCUGUAUUUAACGGACGGUAAUAUUGAAGGACGAUUUUGGGAUAUGAGACAAUUAUAGUUGAAACUAUAACAUAAGAAAUAAUGGGAAAUAUUACAUCAAAUCAAGAUUUUUGGAUUCAGCCAGAUUUACCACCUCCAGAACCGGUGUUUGAACCGAAGUUUGAUCCCAUGCUAGGAUUUCCCAAUGGUCGUAAGGAAAGAAUUAUAAAAGCAACAAAAGAAGAAAUAGAAUCUGGUGCUGUGCCUCCAAGUAUGAGAGAUUACUGUGUAGAUUAUUAUUUGAAUUUCAUGGCUUGCCGUCGAGAUCAUUUCCCUCUGGUGUACAAAUGCAAACACGAAAAGCAUGCUUGGGAAAGAUGCCAGCAUGAAGAUCAUGUUCUACGAAUGAAAGAAUAUGAACGUGAAAGAAGACUAUCAGAAAUAGCUGAAAAGAGAAAUAGGGAGUAAAUUUUAAUGUAUAUACCACAUCAAUAUGUUUUGAAGUUUUUGUAGCUUUAAAAUACUUGUAAGUACUUUCAAAUUAAAAAAAAAA